AUGUCUACAAUAAUUUCCUUGUUUCUACUGAGCUCGUCUGUUAGCGCUGCUGAUGAUGACGACGACGAUGACGAUACUAAUGAUGAUGUCGAUGAUGAUGAUGAUGAUGACAACGAUACUAAUGAUGAUGUCGAUGAUGAUGAUGAUGAUGACGACGACGAUACUAAUGAUGACGUUGAUGAUGAUGUCGAUGAUGAAAAAAGGAACUUACCACCUCAGUUAGAUCUCAACAGGUUAGAUGGGGACACGGCUGUCUGCCCUCCCAUGAGAAAUGGACAAGAUGACCUUCCAGGGUUUGAUCUGAUCACCCAGUUCCAGCUGGAUGUUAUUCCUCUGAAGGGGGUGAGGAAGGUGGAGGGCUCCACUCCUCUCCAGGUGGCAUAUCGCCUCGAUAGGGAGGCCAACUUCCAGAUCCCUACCAGGCUCAAUUUCCCCCGGGGUUUCCCUGACGAGUACUCCGUCAUGGUCACAUUCCGUAUGAUCAAGAACACGGUGAACAAGGUGUGGAACGUGUGGCAGGUGGUGGAUGAAGACGGCCGGAAGCAGGCAGGGCUCAGGCUGAAUGGAGACCAGCAGGCCUUGGAGUACUUCCUGAUGGGCCAGGAUGGCAACCUGCAGACCGUCACCUUCCCAGGGCUCUCUGUGUUGUUCAACACCAAGUGGCACAAGGUGAUGAUUGGGGUGGAGAGAGACCAGGUCACCCUGUAUGUGGACUGUCAGCCCGUGGACAAGAAGCCCAUCAAGGGGAAAGGCCCCGUCAACACAGAGGGAGAUACGCUUAUUGGGAGGCUGGAUACUGACGCUGAUGCUUCUGUUGUGUUUGAACUUCAGUGGAUGUUGAUCCAUUGUGACCCGAAGAGAGCCAAUAGAGAGAACUGCCAGGAGUUGCCUAUCACAGAGAUGUAUGCCAAUGCUGAGCCUGACCCCAAGCCUAUCCCUGGCCCUCCCGGUCCCACCGGCCCUGAGGGGCCCCGGGGGCCACAUGGAGAGGACGGCAGGGACGGUAGAGAUGGCCUUCCAGGUUCACCUGGCAGUGCUGGCACUUCUGGGGCCAAAGGGGACCAGGGGGAGAUUGGUCUUCCUGGACAUAGAGGCAUGCCUGGCCUACCAGGAGCUGCUGGAAUACCUGGCUCAAUGGGCCCAAGAGGACCUGUGGGUGAGAGAGGACUUCAAGGUUUUCCUGGGCCAGCAGGCUCUCCCGGACCUGCGACAGCUGGACCUCCCGGCCCACCUGGGAAAGCAGGAACUCCAGGAGACGAGGGGAACAUUGGGCCUGAGGGUGCCCCUGGGCCUAGAGGGGGUCUGGGUCUCCCUGGUCCCCCUGGUCUACCAGGACCACCUGGACCUGUGGGACCACCUGGGGCUGGCAAAGCUGAAGGGAGUGGGGAAGAUUGCCCUGCUGCCUGUCCAGCUGGACCACAGGGAAGCCCAGGGCUACCAGGGAUAAAGGGGCACAAUGGAUUACCAGGUGAUGAUGGAGCUGCAGGGGAAGCUGGACAAAAGGGUGAGCCAGGACCAUCUGGGGUGCAGGGCCUACCAGGCAAGAUGGGAGAUGAUGGACAAAGAGGUCCAAUUGGUUUUCCUGGUACUCUUGGAGAGAAAGGAGACAGGGGUCCCCCUGGUUUCAACGGCAUCCCAGGACCCACUGGACCACCGGGAUCUCCUGGUGUGGAGGGCAGUCGUGGACGUCAGGGUCUGGAGGGAGAAAAAGGUGAUGAUGGAGCGAUGGGUCCUCAAGGAGAUCAGGGUCCUGUUGGUGCAAAGGGAGACACUGGAGAGGCUGGCGUUCCCGGGACUGUUGGAGUCAGGGGUAAAGUUGGAAUUCCAGGGUUACCAGGAAUGCAGGGGCUAGUUGGAGCUGGAGGUGCCAAGGGUGAUACAGGAGAUGAAGGACCAGGAGGACCAAUCGGAGUUCCUGGGAAGACAGGGGCAACUGGACCAUCAGGAGAAGAUGGACAACCAGGAGACAAGGGAGCUUCUGGUGAGACAGGAAAGCAGGGACCAGUGGGGGUCACAGGUGAUACAGGCAUCCAGGGUGACAAAGGGGACAAAGGUGACACUGGUGAAAAAGGACUGAAAGGUCACACUGGAUAUAAGGGAGACCAGGGUCCUAUUGGUCCCGUUGGCCCAAAGGGAAGUGAAGGUGAUCCAGGUCUUACAGGAGAUUCUGGAGUCAAGGGAGACCAGGGUCCUCCUGGUGUUCCUGGACUCAAAGGACAGGUUGGAGAGAAGGGCAUAAAGGGAUAUACCGGGGAAGGUGGUAGACCAGGGCAGCCAGGUCAUGAAGGUUUGACCGGUCCCCAGGGAACCAAUGGACUGGAGGGAGAGAGAGGGUUAACUGGGUCACCUGGGCCUAGGGGCCUACCUGGUCCUAAAGUGAAUGAUAUUAAACUUCGAGAACUAUGCUCAGCAAUUGUUGAAGAACACUUGGCAGAGUUUAAGAAGGAGGUCCUGAAGAAACCAGCAGCGAUCGGGGCCCCUGGAUUGGCAGGACUGCCGGGCCCUCCAGGUCCCCCGGGGCCAGCAGGGACUGUAGGAGAGGCCGGCCCCAGAGGACUGAUGGGAAUGAAGGGACCACAUGGAUACUUUGGGUUACCAGGUACACCUGGAAAACAAGGUGACACUGGUAUAAAGGGGGAUACAGGACAUAAGGGACAAAAUGGAGUUGGAAUCCCAGGAAGUCCAGGCGAACCAGGCCCACAAGGUGUGGCUGGCAGCCCUGGCAUCGGGAAGGAUGGUAAAGAUGGAGCUCCCGGUAAAGACGGUGUUAAUGGUAGCCCAGGUGCCUCUGGUACCAGGGGAGCUACAGGAGCCCCAGGCUAUUGUGACCCCUCAAACUGUAUAGGCAGGCCCCCACCUCUCUACAUGAUGCAUGGGGGGAAGAAAUCCUCCAGCUACAGGAAGGGGCCGUGA